AGGGUGGCUGGGCUCCGUCGCGGGUGCUGCUGCUCGUCCCGCUUCCGAUCGUCCUUCCGAGCCGGAUCCAGCCUCCGGGUGCCCGAUGGGCUCCCCCGGGGGAGAGCAGGGGCCCUUGGACGACGUUUCGUGGCUCCGCUCGCUCUUCGUGGACUGCGACGUGAACGGCUCGGGCCGGAUCGAGCGCGACGACUUCGGCGCGCUGUGCGCCGAGCUGCGGGUCCGGCCGGCCGAGGCCGAGGCGAUCUUCCAGCGCCUGGACACCGACCGCGACGGCGCGAUCACCUUCGCCGAGUUCGCCCGCGGCUUCCGCGGUUUCCGCGGCGCCACGCAGCGCCGGAGGCGGCAGCGACGGCGGGACAGCGCGCAGGAGCCGUCCGAGGACGGGGCGGACGAGCCGGGGCUUGGAGAUACCCACGACGUCCUGAGCCAGGCGGCGGCGAUGGAGCCGAGCCAGGCUUGGAGGGAAUUCGAGCAGCGGCUCGGGGACGAAGCCGGCUUCAUCCCCAGGCAAGAACAGGUCAGUGUUCUGUAUCAGAACAUCAAUAUUGUGGAACCACGAUUAAUUCAACCUUAUGAGCAUGUUAUUAAGAACUUUAUUCGAGAGAUCAAGCUUCAGAGUGCAGAGAUGGAAAACUUAGCCAUAGCUGUAAAAAGAGCACAAGAUAAAGCAGCAAUGCAGCUUGGUGAACUAGAAGAGGAGAUGGACCAGAGAAUACAGGCUGCAGAGCAUAAAAUCAAGAAGGAGGAGAAGCGGAAAACAGAAGAGGCUCUGAAUGACCUCAAGCGCCAAUACGAGGCUGAAGUGGAUGAGCUCCAAGGGACGAUAAAAAAACUUAAAAUGCUUGAAGAGCAAUCUAAAAACAUUCAUUACAAAGAAGAUUUGGUGGCAUUAAAGAACAGGAUACACGAUCUGACCUUGGAAAACCAGAAACUUAAGAAAGAUCUCAUGGAAGCACAGACAAAUAUCGCUUUCCUUCAGAGCGAGUUAGAUACUUUGAAAAGCGACCUUGCAGAUCAGAGCUUGAGUUCAGAAAGAGAUCUAGAAAUGAUCAGAGAAUACACGGAAGACAGAGAUAGUCUGGAGAGGCAGAUAGACAUUCUACAGUCAGCCAACAGGAAACUUCACGACAGCAACGAUGGCUUAAGAAGCGCAUUGGAGAAUAGCUGGAGCAUGUACAACAGAUCACUGCGUCUGACAAACACUUCCCCAGGAAACACUCUCUCCAGAAGCAGUCCCAAAUGCAGCGGUGGCCAAUCUCCCCAAAAUCCACGAUAUGACAGGUCAUACCAUUCGUCCUAUAUGGAUGAAGACUACGAUUCCCUGGCCCUUUGUGACCCUAUGCAGAGGACAAACUGUGAGGUUGACAGCCUGCCCGAAAGCUGCUUUGACAGUGGCUUGUCUACCUUGAGAGAUUCAAAUGAUUAUGAUUCAGAAGUGGAAUCUAAACACCAAAGGAUUUCUCAGAGGCCACAGGGUCUGCGUGAAAGCUUUACGGGUGAUGCUUCUGAUACAGAUGUCCCAGAUAUCCGGGAUGAAGAAGUAUAUAGUCCUGAUGACGUUGGCACCGUGUUGGACUGGAAGCCCACCCACCCAGUCAGUCGAAGCAGCUCAGGAGCUUCAAUAAGGAAAUGCAUCCCUGUCAUGUCUCCACAGUCGGACUCCCCAGACUGCAGCUCCAGAUACCCAAGCUCAGAGAAAGCUUACAAGAUAGUUCUUGCUGGGGAUGCAGCUGUUGGAAAAUCUAGCUUCCUUAUGAGGCUUUGCAAAAAUGAAUUUCGAGGGAACACCAGUGCAACUCUAGGUGUUGACUUUCAAAUGAAGAGGCUCAUUGUUGAUGGGGAACCUACCGUGCUGCAGCUGUGGGACACGGCAGGACAAGAGAGGUUCCGAAGUAUUGCUAAAUCGUACUUCAGAAGAGCAGAUGGGGUACUCCUGCUAUACGACGUUACCUGUGAGAAAAGUUUCCUGAAUGUACGAGAGUGGGUGGACAUGAUUGCGGAUGCAACUCAUGAAAACAUUCCAAUCAUGAUGGUAGGAAACAAAGCCGAUCUUCGCCAGGUGCUUGCUGAGCAAGGACAGAAAUGUGUGCCAAUAAACUAUGGAGAGAAGCUGGCCAUGACCUACAAUGCAUUGUUCUGUGAAACAAGUGCUAAAGAUGGAUCUAAUAUUGUGGAGGCAGUACUUCAUCUUGCCCGAGAAGUGCGAAAAAGGAGUGACAAAGAGGAGGACAAGUCUGUAACAAACCUGACUGGCACAUCAUUAAAGAAGUCGUCUCUCACCAAAAGCUGCUGUGGUGUUUAAAGAUAACCCAGCCCUCUUUUUGCCCCCAAAGAAACAGAUUUCUGUGGCUGGGGCAGAAAAGGAGUAAUGAAAGAUUUAGGCAUAGGUUGUUCCGUAGAGAAGGACUGGAGAACCAUUACUCUUGAGUUGCCACAUCCAUUCAGCAGCUUCAGGUGCUUUGGAACCCUGCUGAGCAAAACCAAGCCAGGGAGUCUGGGACCUUCAGUCCAGAAGCAGAGUCAGACACUCCUGGGACAUCGGUUCCUGUGUGCAAGAACCAGCUGCAAACCGCCUGUGCCUUUUGAAGACAGCCUGCCCAAGAAUUGUUGAAGCAAGGCAUAAUUCUUACUCUAAAUAUAUACGUAAAUAGUAAGCCCAUUCUCUGACCUCCUGGGAGACAUUUGCUGCUGUUCGUGAAAUUUCAUCUCCAACUUGAAACUUGCCCCAUGACUAUUUCGAGUGGAGUAUCUGCAGUUCCUAACUCCCCCCUGCAUUCUGUGAUGGAUCGGGUUCUCGCAGAAACAUGGUGACAAUCAACUUCUAGGCAAAUGAACCUGCACUGGAAAGGAAAAUGUGGCUGUGUCAAAAGCUAAACUAAUCAUGCACCCCUGAUGUCGUUUAGGAACUUUGGGGAAGAAUUAACCAUUCAAUCUUGCUUCUCCUUUUAGAAGCCGUACAUGUCAGU